AGCCCAAAGUUACUCAGUAGUGUCAUGCUUAUUUGGGACCAUGGUUCAUUUUGCUUAUAGAUUGUUGGUAAACAUAUUUUCCAUACAACAAGUUUUCUCUUCAUUUAAUCAUAUUUCUUUAGUUGGGUGACCUGAUGAUAACAAUGACAAAACAUACAUAAGUGUUUCUUUACAUCGUUCCUUUUUAUUGCUAGUUUAUCUAAAUUGCUAGAUUGCAAGUCUUGCCCUGGAUGACAUUUCAUGUGAAAACACACCUGUUAUUUCCUCUCUGUUUCAACCCGCUGCCUUAAAUCCAUAAAAAUGUAAUUGCUUUAGCAGUGUUGUGUAAAAGACAAAUUUGAACAUCGUCAUUUGUCAGAGAAUACUGCUGUGAAAAAUCCAGAUGCUGAUUGUCAUAUAAGAUAAGAUGGUCUUUAAAAUCUAGAGAGCUCUGUUCCUGCAACACAACUAACUGAUGCACGAUGAUCGUCACACUUCUUUAUUUCGUCCUCUUCAGGUCUGCUGUUGUCGAGGGGGCCCGGAGUCUCUGGGCUGAGGGCAGCGCCAGUGGAGAAUGCAUAUGUGAGGCUUUCCUGCCCAACAGCACAUUUCCAAUCGGAGAGCUCAUCUUGCUGGAGAGCACAGCAGUUGAGAUCAACUACAAACUGGAGAUAGAGAUUAGCAAGGUGGAGACUUACGAGGUUAAACUAAACAUCUAUAUAGCAAAGAUAACAAACCUGACAUUGCUGAUCAAGCUGAUGGAGGGUGACCCCGACUCCUACAGUGAGCUCCAAUUGGAGGAGGUGAAAAUCAAGAUCAAGCAAGUGGAGGCUCUAAUUGUGGAGCUGCAGGUGUCUAUGCAAACCACCUCUGCCGUGCUUAUAACCAUACGUGAACAGAUCAGUGUCAUUAUUUCUGUGUUGACUCAACUGGAGAUCACCUACGACAAGAACCUGGUUCUUGUGACACGUCGAGAAUAUAUCAUUCUUCAGCAGAAACUAGAGGCGUGUGAGAUACGGCAUAAUGAAAUCUUUAACCCCAACAUUGGAAUCUGCAAUCAUGGUGGAAUUAGAAAAAUCAGCAAACCCAUCAUCAGCCAGCUAAAUGCAGACCUGAAUGGAGGUUUCAAGUUUGGAGGAUGGGGUAAAGACUCCAAGCCCUUGCCUGGCUCUGAGAACAUGUACUGGUACUCCGGCUUUACCGACACUUUGGUCAGCAAGGUCACACAGUACACUGACUACUACAAACUGAUCAUGAGACAGGCCUUUAAGACACAUGAGCUUUACGACUAUUAUAAAUAUGAUUGGCGAGGCACUGGAAACAACUACGUUGUGCGGGAAAACACCCUGUACUAUCAGUACAGAAGCCCUUUUAGUAUGGCAAAGUUCAACAUGACCAGUGUGACAGUUCAGAACAAGGCCAUUCCCAAGGCCAGCAGCAGAUUCUCAUAUCAUUACUCGGCCAACCAGAACCUGGACUUCGCAGCCGAUGAGUCCGGCCUGUGGGUAGCUUACGCCACAGAGGAAUCAAAGGGUAAACUGGUUUUAGGAAAGAUCAAUGAGGAGUCAUUUGAGGUAGAGGAGGUUUGGCAGACCAGUAUUUUCAAACCAUCUGUAGGAAACACUUUUAUGGUGUGUGGGGUUCUGUAUGCCACAAGGUCUGUAGACUCUAAAACUGAGGAGAUCUUUUACACCUUUGACACUCGCACAGAACAGGAAAGCUAUGUUAGUGUUCCCUUUGAGAAGUUCCAAGACUCCUAUGUUUACCUGGACUACAACCCCACCGAUCAGAAACUUUACAUGUACAACAAUGGUUAUUAUGUCGCCUAUCAUGUUUGGUUCAACUAUGAGGGCUCUGGAGAUAAACUCUUGAUUGGCGAUUGACCUGAGAAUUAAGAAUAUUUUAUUCAGCUGUCAAACAGAACAGUAAUGAAUGUGUAUUUCACUUUGUGUAAUAAACUUUUAUGA